GGGACAUGUCGGAAUGCGGUGGGGAAAGCAAUAACACCUUCUUGGAUGCGCGCAGUGUUUAUUCGGUUGCUAGCUAAUCUUUGUUUGAAGCUAGUUCACCGGCGUUAUUGGGGAGUCUAUGAGCUAAGUGAUGUGCAUGUGCAAUAUGAAGAAUGGAAGAAGACGAUGUCACAAUCAGAGAGCAGAAUUUUCACAGCCAAGUCCGAGAGUACAUUGUAUGUUUCAUGUUGUUUGCUGUGCUCUACAUCGUAUCGUACUGCAUUAUAACACGCUAUAAGAGGAAGACUGAUGAUCAUGAGGAUGAAGAUGCGGUGGUUAACAGAAUCUCUAUGUACCUGUGUACGUUCACUCUGGCCGUAUCCGGAGGUGCUGUCCUCCUCCUCCCUUUCUCCAUCAUCAGUAACGAGAUCCUUCUGUCGUUCCCUAAGAACUACUACAUCCAGUGGCUCAACGGCUCUCUCAUCCACGGUCUGUGGAACCUCGUGUCUCUCUUCUCGAACCUGUGUCUCUUUGUCCUCAUGCCCUUCGCCUAUUUCUUCCUGGAGUCUGAGGGAUUCGCCGGCUCCAAAAAGGGUCUGAAAGCUCGUAUCCUGGAGACGUUUGUGAUGUUGUUUCUGCUCGCUCUGCUCAUCCUGGGCAUCGUGUGGGUCGCGUCAGCUCUCGUCGAUAAUGACGCAGCCAGUAUGGAGUCUCUCUACGACUUGUGGGAGUUCUACCUGCCCUACUUGUACUCGUGUAUCUCUUUGAUGGGUGGCUUGCUGCUUCUGAUGUGUACUCCAGUGGGUUUAUCCCGGAUGUUCACAGUGAUGGGUCAGUUGCUGGUUAAACCCACGAUUUUGGAGGAUUUAGAUGAACAGUUGUACUGCAUUCAGCUCCAGGAGGAAGCAUUACAGCACAAACUCCACGGUUCAGUGCCCCUCAUACUGACCGCCUCCCAGAACCUUCACAAGGAACUGGACAGUGUCCGCUCACAGAGACACAAGCUGGAGAGGAGGAAGAAAGCGUCAGUUUGGGAGAAGAACCUCCUCUACCCCAUCGUCAUGUUAAUACUGCUCGCUGGAACGGCGAUCUCUGUGUUUCUGGUGGCUCUGAACAUUUUGUACCUGCUGGUGGAUGAAACGGCAUUACCGAAAGGAUCAGCGGAUCCUGGGAUCGGGAAUGCGUCUCUCUCGACGUUUGGUGUCGUUCAGGCUGUGGUUGAAAUUGUCCUCAUGAUUUACCUGAUGGUCUCCUCUGUUGUGGGGUUCUACAGCCUUCGCAUCUUCCAGGGACUCACACCCAGGAAGGAUGACACCACUAUGACCACAAUCAUCGGUUGCUGUGUGUCCAUCCUGGUCCUGAGCUCUGCUCUCCCCGUCAUGUCCAGAACGCUUGGAAUAACCAGGUUCGACUUGUUGGGGGAUUUCGGUCGGUUUAACUGGUUGGGGAAUUUCUACAUCGUGUUGUCGUAUAAUCUGCUGUUCGCUGUAGUGACCACGCUGUGUUUAAUCACCAAGUUCACCUCCGCUGUCCGAGAAGAGCUGCUCAAAGCACUGGGUCUGGAUAAACUGAAUCUUUCCACCAGUCCCACAGAAGCCGAGUCAAAUAAACUAGCAGCUAACGGCCAUCAGAAGACGCUCUGAACGUCUCUCUCUCACACACACACACAGACAUAGGGUACGGCUGGAGAGAAGACGCCUUAUUACCACACACACAGUCCCAUCAGACGGCUUUGUUAACGUUUACAGUGCAGACUUUCAUUAAGCCUCUUUUUUCCGUUAUCUCUCUCUUUCUCUCUCUCUCUCUCCCACACACACACACACACAAGCCAUUAGAAGUUUGCGCAUUUUAAUGCAGUUUUAAAUCCUUUUCUUUCUCCAUGCUGUGAAUAAGUGGGCUCAGGUGAACGUGACGGCGUAAUCAUCGUGUAAGUCUUGUAUUUGUCUGUAUAUAUUUUUUGCCUCAUUGUAAUCUUUUGUACAGUGUGUGUUUGUUUUUGUUCAUUUCCCAAAAAAAAAAAUGCACACCUCUGAUGCCUUAUGAGACAGGGGAGGAUUUUACAGACGCUUUAAUAGUCGCCAGGUGUAUAUAUAGAGAGAGAGAAAGUGUGUGUGUGUGUGUGUGUGUGUGUAUGUGUGAGGCAUGUGCCGAUGUGCAAAGUGCUGACCUCAUUGAGUGUGAUGUCAUAGAUAUCCCUCACAUGGGGUGUGUGCAACAGUGCCAUAAAAGAAGGAGUUGCUAGUUGUUGGAGCAGAACCGAUCGAAUCGAUUCAUUCGAACGAAUCAUCAGAACCACAUUAACAUUCAUUUCAGAACAUUUGAUCCACCAGAACCACUGGAUUUGUUCUCUUCAGAUAGUGAAUCAACUCUCAGGCUGGUAUUUGAUUCACCAAGCUGAACAAACACUUAGUCAUUCUAAAGAGUUAAAGUGUUGAUUCUUUCUAGUGUUACCAGAUUGAAUCAACUCUUAUAUAUGAUUCAUUUGAACAAAUUGCCACCUAAGCAUCUAAAUGAAUGAACUCUUUACUAUUUGAUUCGAUUUGAUGAUUCAAUUUGGUGAAUCAAAUGCCAGUGUCAUAUUGUGAUUUGAUUCAUUAGAACAGAUUUUCAGAUCGGUAUUUGAUUCAUCAAACUGAAUCAACACCUCACUAUUUGAUUCUUUAGAUCAAGUGUUGAUUCACUUUAAUAAACUAAGUACCAGUGUUUUGUUCAGUUAAAGGUCAAUCAAAUACCUGAGUCAUAUUGUGAUUUGAUUCUUUAAACAGAUUUUUCACACUGGUAUUUGAUUCAUCAAACUGAAUCAACACCUUACUAUUUGAUUCUUCAGAACAGGUGUUGAUUCACUUUAGUAUAUUAAGCACCAGUGUAUUGACUGGUUAAGGUGAAUCAAAUUGUCAUAUUGUGAUUUGAUUCAUUAGAACACAUUUUCAGACUGGUAUUUGAUUCAUCAAACUGAAUCAACACCUUACUAUUUGAUUCUUUGUUGAUUCACUUCAGUAACUUAAUCACCAGUGUAUUGACUGGUUAAGGUGAAUCAAAUACCUGAGUCAUGACAUUCUAAUUGAUUUAGCUCGGUAAUUCCAGACGAGUUUACUGGUGCUGAUGAAUCAGUUACCAGUCUGAUGAUUUAAUGUGUGUAUUUCCGAGAGCGUGGAUCUGACGUAUCGUGGCUCUGAUCUUCGGCACAUGCCUGGCGAGCGUCGACGUGGGACGGCUGCGUCUGCAAGCACCUUUUUAUAGACAAAUUCACUGUGACCCCUCAUGUGACCGUCUUAAUAAUAAACAAAAAGCCCAGAAACGGCCAGUUUACGACGUCAGUGCUGAAAACUGAAAGCUCCAUGUGUUUUAAAUGUUGUUCAAAUGAGGUUGGGGCUUUUUAAAAA